UCCAGUUUCCAAAAGUGAACUAUAGAACAGAUACUAGAAGUCUAUCUUGACAAGGAUUAACUAAUAAGAAUACCGAAUCCAAUCUAGACAAGGAUUCAUAAUGUAAUACGAGAGAUCGUUUCGCCACAAAAGUUGAGCCCACCCUGCAAAAGAGUUUCCUGUAGAUGAUGGUACAAACGCCAAUGCUAUCAAGAUGUAUAAUAUCGCAUUCUAAGCCGCCACCAUCCCCUCUUGAAGAUCAAUAAUUGUGCAGCAGUUUCAUCAAGAAGUGAUUCAGUUGCGGCGUUCUCAAGAUGGUCAAGAUGACAAGUAUCUUCACCGCUACAACUUUGAAGUGGAAGAAGUACAAAAAACUUGGAGCCGGAUCGUACGGGACCGUAUACUUGGCUGGUGAAGCUAAUUCUGUAUUCCUGGGAGGUUCGUUUGCAGCAGUUAAGAGUGCAGAGUUUCAGCACUCAAAAGAAACUGUAAAGGAGGCGGAGUUCUUGAAAGAAGUAGCAGAUAAUCCCUAUAUUGUUCGGUGCUUUGCCGAGGAUAUUAGCAUCGAGAAUGGAAAAGAAGUUUACAACAUGUUAAUGGAAUAUGCACCCGGAGGCACCCUUCAUGAUCUGAUCGUUGCUUACAACGUCAUGGGAAGUACUAUGCCAGAAUCCCAUGCAGCCGCUUACGCCUACAUGUUGCUUAGUGGUCUUUCCCAUGUUCAUCGGAGAGGGUUAGUUCACUGCGACCUGAAGCCCUGCAACAUCCUCGUUUUUCCAAAAAUAAAUGGGACUGAUUUGCUCCACCUGAAGAUCGCUGAUUUUGGGCUAGCCAAGCGCGUUUGGGAGGAGGAUCGAGUCGGAUUGUUCCGUCGCCAUCGUGGCACGCGGGUUUAUGCGUCGCCGGAGUCCAUAAUGUUUGGGAUGCACGGGACAGCAACCGAUGUAUGGUCACUUGGAUGCACUAUCUUGGAGAUGAUGACGGGAAGGCAAACUUGGACGGACGAGGAGAUGUGGGAUUUGUAUGUUGAGACGGUGCAAGGUCCAUCUUCAGUAAUUUCCCAACUUGGAAAAGACUUUCUGAGCAGAUUCUUCCUAACGGAUCCAAAUUGUAGAUGGACCGCUCCCAUGCUUCUUGAUCAUCCGUUUAUUACACGAAAUAUCAAGGGAUUACCUCCAGUUGAAGAAACUCAAUUUCAGAACAACCCUUUUGGCAUCUACGAUAGAUGGAUUGUUAUCGAGCACCUGUUCUCGACUCCGAUUCAACCUCACUCAUAUCCUUUCUUCUUGUCUCAACCCUCCCGUCCUAAAGAGAAUAGUUCAUAUCAGUUUUUCCCAAUUCAAUGCAAUACACGAGCCGUUGUUGGAGGCCCGUUUUCUAUUCCUUGUGGAAUAGAAUCGAUCAACCGUCUCCUGGCAUGAGAAGUACAAGAUCGCGCGCAGGGAAGAUUCAGAGGCAAGUAACACGCAUGAAUUACAUCAGUUCGUCCACGUUAAAGAUGCAGAUCGAGUUAACAAUGACUCUCAAGUGUUGCAGUAUAUAGAAGAGCAGUGUUCGUCCACGUUAAAGACUUGAAGCUGGCAGACCCACAAAGACUUCGACGCAGAGAAGAUCUUCAGCUGACAACAUGUACCACAGAA